UCUCAUGCUUGGAAUGCCCUCCCUCCUCACCUGGGCCUCCUGGCUUCCUUCACUUCUCAGCUACAAUCUCACCUUGUGAAAACAAGCUUUUCCUGGUCUCUGACACUGCCAGAGCCUUCCCUCCCAGGGUGCCUCCCAUCCACACUGUACAGAGCUUGUUUGGACACAGACGCUGACAUGUUCUCUCCCCAUUAGAGUGUGAGCUCGUUGCAGACGCCAAGACGCAGAAGGGGCUUGGGACCCCGGGUGGGAUGAGAGCAGACAGAGCCCAAGGGCUCCUGACCCAGAGCUCUGCCCCCUUCUGACAGCACGUGUGAAACAAUGAAGCUUGGCCACCGGCGAGCCAAAGGUAGGUCAGCAUCCAGCCUCAGAAGAGAAGGCAAAGACAAAGUCUCCCCCCUCUGCCAUCCCUGUCUUGUCCCUCCCCAACUCAGUCUGCAGAGGACCAAAGCCUGGAGCCAGACAGCAUGGCCCCUGGGACCCAGAGCCCCUCAUCCCAGACUCUCCCACCUCUGUGACAGAGCACAUACCUUCUCCCGGAUUCCACACGGAGAAACAUUCCAUAGAGCUGGUGACAUUCAAGGAUGCGGCUGUGGACGUCACCCAGGAGGAGUGGGGCCUCCUGGACCAUUCUCAGAAAGAGCUGUACAAGGAGGUCAUGCUGGAGAACGCCCAGAACCUGCUGACCCUGGCUUUGGAGCAUAAAUUUAUUACGAAGAGCUACGGAAUCGACUGUGUGACAUGAGAGGCACUGGCAGAGGCCAGGCCAGCAAAGUGUGCCCACAUCACAGAAGGUGUGUGCUCCAGGAGCAAAGCGGAAUGGAAGCAGUCCAAAAAAAGAGUGAGAGUCACAAAUGUAAAGAUAUCUCUACCCCAAUGUUCACAUGGACUACUCGUGCCUGACCCGUGCUAGAGCGUUCCGAGCUCGCGCUGCUCUGAUCAGCCACGGUCAGGCACCCUGGGACUUGAUUCCAACAUUAUGGUGUCAGUUUGGUCCUUUUUGAGAAUAAAGGACAACAACCAACCGAUGUUUAUUAUAUCCGUUCUUUAUAUGCCUGCAUAUAAUCAAUACCUGUUCCUUAUAUACCUUGGAAAUGUAGCCUUGAAGAAGGAAACUUGCUACAAAUCUGUUUCACGGUUACUUGCUUCUCUUUAAAUUUUUGAUGCAUUUUUUUAACAUGAUGAAAACUGCCCAUUUUAUUUUCGGUCAUCCUCUCUGUCCCUUGUUUGGAGAGGAACUCUUCUACUAUCCACAACUGUAGCUUCUCCAUGGUUCUUCCACUUUGUUUGAGGGGACUUUUUAUAUCUAAGCUGGGCGUUCAUUUGGAGCUAAGCGUGGUCUAGUGUGACAUGCUGGCCCAUAUUUAUUUUCUGCCAGAUUACUUUCCAGUGUUUCCAGCAUGUUGCAGUGGUUAGUAAACCCUGGCCCCACAGUGGAGGUCUUUGGAUUGAAUGAACACAAGGUAACUCUACUCAUUUUCUUUUGUACGUUACACACCUGAUCUCUUCAGUUUCUCAAGAUCCCUAUUGUUAAGUAGGACAAAACAUUCUUGAUGAUCUGGUAUAGUUUCAGAUUUGAUUCUGCCAGAUCUCCUUCCUGGAAUACUGGAAGAGGUUGUGGGAAAGGGACACAUAUUCAUGUGUACUUUGACAUAUUUAGAUUUGUAAGGGACCAUGAAAGCCGCUGAGUUCAACGUCCUCAUUUUAGAGAUGAGCAAAGUGAGACAGAGAGAUUGCUUGUUCCUUGCCCACAGUUAGAGAGCUAGGAAGCAUGGGAGUCAGGAUCUGAACCCAUUUUCCCAAGUUCUAAACCAAAUGCUCCAUCCAUUACAAUUAACGCCUUCUUCGACUUUGCUCUGAAUGUCAAUCUGAAUGAAAAGAGAAGCAACUAAACUGUCCAUAUGUUUUAGCCAACUGACUUUACUGUGAGACUUAUAAUCUAAGGAAUGAUAACCAUAAAAAUGGUAUUUCCAUAGUGAUUUAAUACUUGCAAAACAUUUAGAAAUAGUGCCUCACUUAAUCUUUACCUCAACCCUGGGAGGCAAAUGCUCUUAUUAACCCUAUUCUACAGAUGGGGAAACUCAGGCAGGAAAAGGUUACUUGACUUGCACAAGGACAUACCACUAUAAGUGCCCGGGACCAAAAUGGAAUUCAGGUCUUGUGGGCUGAAGCACAGCACUUCAUGCACUGGGCCACCUCAUUGCUUAAAGAAAGCACGAAAGAAAGAAAUGCCCAAUAGUCACUAAAACAUAUAUACAAGGACUUUUCAUGCCAGCAAACAACAGGAAACAAAGUAAAUACCAAUUAAUUGGGUAAUGGCUAAAGAAGUUAUAGUAUAUAAAUGCCAGGAAAUAUUGAGGAGGGAUGACAAAUAUUAGGAUUUCAGAGAAAAAUUCAUUGCGUUUUUAGAGUUCUGCGCACAGUACGAAAUUUGUUAUGUUUAAUGAUGUCUCUUCUGUUGAGAAGUCUAAUUAAAUCUGUUCCGCAGCAAGAGGCCUUCCCUUAUUAAUUAGAUCCAUAAGUUUUAUGUCUAGCAUGACGCGUCCAAAGUACACUCAAGUAUGACCUCUAGGUGAAGUCCUUUCCAUAACCAAUGCUUUUAUACGCUGUCAUUCCAUUGUGAAUACUGUUGUCUAUCUGAUCACGCUCUUCCAGAGAAAAGCACGUUCCCCUCAGCACAUUAAGGCUUCUCUUCACAAUCCUAUGAUAUAAAUAGAGAUGUUCUCCGGCUGAAAGCCUUCCCACACAGAAUCCACGCAUAGCUGUUCAUCACAAUGAAUUUAAUGUUGAACAAGCUCUGAAUACCAUUUGAAUGCCGUUCCUCAUUCAUGACAGUGAUAAGAUUUCUAU